AAUGACGUAGGUAAUUUGCAUAAUCAGGAGGAUAGGUAUUAAGACGCACAUCAUGCAUUUCAGGCAGACGUUUAUGACAUUCAAGAUGAAUACUGCAAAGAUUUCCACGUUGGUUUUCCUGUUUGCUGUGGUCGGACAAGGCGAAAGUGUUAGAAGAGCGCCGCCUGGUCCCCCGCCAUGCCCUCUUCAGCCACCCAAGGUAUGGGUGUUUGAAAUGCCAAUCUAUCCCCCUCCGCUGUCAUACCUAAAUUCCUCUGGAGAAUUUACGGGGCUUUACCGUGAACUUCUGCAGGCAGUUUGCGAAAUAGCUGAAAAGGAAUGUGAUUACACAACAAUACCGGUGCAGAAAUGUAUGGAAGCUGGCCCUAAUGGAGAAAAUAUAGCCGGGGAAGGUGUGAUGGGGGAAUGGUUUGACGGCUGUUUUGGCUUUGGAAUCACCACAGAACGCCAACAACAGGUGGAGUUCUCCAAUCCGUUCUCACCACUGAAAUCCAACAUGAUGGUCCUGCCAAGCAGUCCUUUGGUUGAAACACAGAACGUGACUGGGAAGAUAGUCGCGUUUGCUGGGGGCCAGUUGUCUUCACCCCAGUGCCUCAUAAACCAUGGCGUGACGGGUUUUGAGGCAAUCUUCGUAAAUGGACACGCUGCAGGGAUGGAGGCCCUUGAAAGUGGUGAAGCAGAUGCUUUAUUCAACAGUAACAACGCACUGAACACAGCUAGUGCAGAACUCGUCAUCAUCAACCCAGCCGGAGCAGGCACCGAUCCCGACAUGCAGUGCAUUUCCGGUACAGCCCUUAUGACCAAGAAAGGCAGCGAGGCCAUUGAUUGGUGGAAUGAGGCGUUGGAGACGUACAAGGCAUCCGGGGCGUUCUUAAGUUUGUGUGAGAAGUACCUGGAAAUUGGGCGUCAGAUGUACUUCGACAAGAUCGGGAGCUAUCCCGAGGGAGCCACUGUUGACGAUAUUUGUCUUCUCGACUAACUGGCCAUUUAACUGAUGAUCUGACAGUGAAAGACACUUCAGAAACUUUAAACAAUAGAAAACUAACAAUCAGACAGAAAUAUUAAACGUUGACUUUUAUGCUGAAAAGAACGUGCAUGUACAUGUAUCUUAUCCUUGUCUUUUUAAAGGGAGUAUAAAUGUAGCAAAUAAAACAGGCUUUGUUGACCCAC